AUGAGAUACCUCAGGGUCUUCGCUAUCCCCUCCAUCCUGGUAGCUGCCAGCCGUAUUCCCACCCGUCAAGUGGCGCAGCCUGUCCCCGAUGCCCUAACCCUUCGCGCCAACUUCUGUCUCGACUACACCCGGCCCGACUGUGCGAAGCCGAUGCAGGAUUGCGAGUCUAGCACCAAGGGUCUGGAGAUCUGCAUUCGCGACGAGCACCCAGAGUGCAUCAAGGACGAAAAGUCACCUUGCUCUCAGUUUGUUGCGCAGUGCCUCGCUGAGUAUGGCAAGGAGGCGGACGCGAAUCAGGCCGUCAAUGACUGCAUGAUUGGAAAGGUAUUUUCCGAGUCCGAGGGGCCCGCCGAGUCCGAGGGGCCCGCCGACGAGGAACAGCCAGUGGACGCUAAACGAGUCCUGGAUCUCCGCGCCAUCUUCUGCAUCGACUACCACAAGCCAGAGUGCGAGGACGCGAUCUGGGACUGCAACUCCAAGUGCGCGGAUGCAGCUGCUGAGGACCAAUGCAAAUCUAAGCCCAACGAGCUCGAGUUCUGCGUCCGCGACGAGGAACCGAGCUGCAUCAAGGACGAGGGUUCGCUAUGCUCCCAGGCUGUCGUGCAGUGCCUCGGCGAGUUUGGCAAGGAGACGGACGCAGACCAGGCCGUUCACGACUGCAUCAUCGAAAAGGUCAUAUCCGGCACGCCAGAAGACGAGGAGGCGCCUGCCGAGCCUAGCCAGGAGACCGUAGUCUCAGCCGCAUGCAAGAAGGCGAGCGCCGAGUACCAGGUGGCUGUGAUCGAAGCCGAUUGCGACGAGGUCGAGGAUGACAGCGAGAACGAGGUCCAAAGACGCGAUUCGUCGGCGUGCGGCGCGGCAAGUCUGGCUUUUCAGGAAAAGUGGAAGGAAAAUAACUGCGAGUCUGAAUUAAUAGAGCCCUCUCAGGCUCAGGGGUGA